GGAACAGAGAGGAGUGUUACUUCCUGCUGAAUCUGUUUGUGUGGACUCGGUCCUUUCAGAACCAGAGACGCAGGGACACCACACGUCAUGUGACAGCUGGCUGAGCGCUGCUCUGGUGCCGCCUCAUUAAUCAGAGCCUCGCGCUGCCAGACUCUGGGAGCAGGUGUGCGCUGGCUGCUCGCCACGUUUAUGCCUCUGAUACAUGGAAGGUUUGACUGAGCCACAUCACGCCUGAUGUGUGAUGCUACUGAGCUUAACGCGCAUGUUAACGCUGAGCAGGACGAUGGUUCAAGAUGUCAGCAUUUAUUUACUGUCUCAGUUUCUGUUUGAAAAGAAAAUUGAACUGAAAUUUCACCUUCCUCCAAAAGCCCCCAGUCAGUGAAAGCCUUGUCACAUGUUCACACCCACCACUGUCUCCUUUCUGUUGCUGCCUGUUUUUUCCCCUUCUUUUCUAUUUCCAGAGCUAAAACUGUUUGAGGCAGAUGGCCGCCCACUUUCUCCUGGUGCUGCUCAGUGACGUUUCUAUAGAACUCUACAGAGUUAGGUUCUGUGUUCCAUAAACCGUGGUGGUAUAAAGAGCCUGUGGCCGUCUUACAGACAAAAUGAAUAAAGAUAACAUACAUACAGCCUUUAUUGAUCCCCUUAGAAGUCAAAUGAAUGUCUCUCUUCCAAAAUAUCCUUUAUCUGUGAGAUUUCCUGAUAAAUGACUGAAUAAGAGAGAGACUGAAUAAAAAAAUAAAGUAACUUUCUCCUUUGUUCAACCGUUGACUCUAAACAUUCAAUAGUAUAGAAGCAUAAAUCAUAUUACAUUCUAUUAUAGAAAAUUCAUAAAUAUAGAAACCAAAGCCUUCAACCUAAACACAGAUUAGAAUUUUGAACUCUGUUGCAUCAUCUUCCUGUAAUCUUCCUGUAUGUAUGACUCAAACCAGGAAACAGUUUGUUCCUGUUCAACACUGAUCAGAAUGACAGACUGAAAAAUCAGAUUCAGCUUCAGACCAAACUACCAACUUCCUGUGAGUGAGUCCAGCUCCAGGAGAGAAAAGUGGGAAACUCCACCUGCUGCUUCAAGCCACUGACGCUCCACGGACUGAAGCUUCACUCAGACACUAAAUGGCUUCCAGAUCAGAGAAGGAUCUCUGCUGUCCAGUCUGUCAGGACGUCUUUACAGAACCUGUUGUUCUGUCCUGUAGCCACAGCUUCUGUAGAGCCUGUCUGAAGACGUGGUGGAAAGAGAAACUAACACAAGAGUGUCCAGUCUGUAAGAGAAGAUCUUCAAGAGAAGAUCCACCUUUAAACCUGGUGUUAAGGAACCUGUGUGAGUCCUUCUUACAGGACAGAGCUCAGAGAUCUUCAGAGACUCUCUGCAGUCUGCACCAAGAGAAACUCAGACUCUUCUGUCGGGACCAUCAGCAGCCAGUUUGUCUCGUCUGCAGAGAUUCAGAAAAACACACCGACCACAGAUUCAGACCCAUCGAUGAAGCUGCAGACGAUCAAAGAGAGAAUCUGAAGAAAUCCCUGAACACCUUAAAGGACAAACUGGAGCUGUGUCAGAAAGUGAAAGAGAUUAAGGAGCAGUUUAAGAAGCUUCACCGCUUUCUAAAAAAGGAAGAGGAGGCCAGGAUGGCUGCACUGAGGGAGGAAGAGGAGCAGAAGACUCAGAGGAUGAAGGACAAGAUGGAGGCUCUGAGCAGAGACAUAGCAGCUCUGUCAGACACAGUCAGAGCCACAGAGGAGGAGCUGAGAGCUGAAGACGUCUCCUUCCUGCUCAACUACAAGGCUGCAGUGGAAAGAGUCCAGCAGCGCCCCCUGCUGGAGGAUCCACAGCUGCCCUCAGGAGCUCUGAUAGACCAGGCCAAACAUCUGGGCAACCUGAGCUUCAACAUCUGGAACAGGAUGAAGGACGUGGUCUCCUACACUCCUGUGGUUCUGGAUCCAAACACUGCUCAUCCAAGACUGAUCCUGUCUGAAGAUCUGACCAGUGUGAGAGGAGGAGACAAACAGCCGCUUCCUGAGAAUCCAGAGAGGUUUGAUAAAUACUGGUCUGUUCUGGGCUCUGAGGGUUUUAACUCAGGGACUCACAGCUGGGAUGUGGAGGUUGGAGACAGUACAGCCUGGACACUGGGUGUGUUAACAGAAUCUGUCCAGAGGAAAGGACUCAUACAGUCUGGAUUAUGGAGAAUACGGUUCAAUGCAGGUAAAUACUUUGCAUGGUCACCACCAGCUCCAACCACUGAUCUCCCAGAGCAGAAGAAUCUCCAGAGGAUCAGAGUGAAUCUGGACUGGAACAGGGGAAAGCUGUCUUUCUCUGAUCCUGAUACUAACACACACAUACACACCUUCACACACACUUUCAAUGAGAAACUGUUUCCGUACUUUAACACUGGGGAUAAACUGAGUAUUUCAUCAGUGAAGGUCUCUGUGGCAGUGGAUCAGAGACAAAGAUGAUGUUACAUUCAUUUUGUUUGUUUCUUCACUGACUUCAAACUUAUCACUCAUUUUUAUUCUAAUUAAUCUUUUUUGUAUUUCAUUGACUUUUAGUUUUUAUAGUCAUUUGUCCCAUACAGUAGGGAAAAAAGUAUUUAGUCAGCCACCAAUUGUGCAAGUUCUCCCAGUUAAAAAGAUGAGAGAGGUCUGUCAUUUUUAUCAUAGGUGAAUCAUGGAGGAAAAUAAAUAUUUAUAGAGUCAUUUGUCCCAUAUGUGAAACAUUAUUUGUUUAACCUUUUCAUUUUAUACAAUCUGUAUCAAUGUCAUUUAUUGGUAAGUACCAAGGUACCAUAAAGUUUAGAAAUCGAUGACUCAACAAUGUUUUUAGCUGUAAAAGUAACACACAUUGUUCUUCAUAAAUAAAAAGCAAAUAGUUUAUUUUGUAUUUAAAACUUGGAUAAAGGAUGAUCGCAACAUUAUGAGUCACGUAAACGUUCUUGUCGGAGG